CUCAUCCUUCUCUUCUCUUGAUCCUUUGUACUUGUUUCUCCUCCUUUACAACAAAACAAAACCAAAAAUAAAAAUAAAAAAUGGAGCGAUUGAUAUGGUUGUUCCAAUUCCUUUUGUAUUUCAUGCAAUAUCAUCAGGUUUCUUGUUCAUCAUCUAUCUCUUCUUUUUCUACUUGUACACAUCAUUUGUGUCCACAUGACCAGAGGUUUGCAUUGUUGCAAUUCAAGCAUAUGUUUACUAUAAACACCUCUGCAUCUGAUUCUUGGUCGUGUGGCGAUUUGGCUUCUCCAAAGAUGUUAUCUUGGAACGAGAGUUGUACUGAUUGUUGUUCGUGGGAAGGAGUCACGUGUGAUGGUCUGACGGGUCACGUGAUUGGGCUUGACCUCAGUUGUAGCCAGCUCUAUGGCAGUAUCCAUCCUAACAGUAGCCUCUUCCAACUCUCUCACCUCCACCGCCUCAAUCUCGCCUUCAAUCACUUCAAUCACUCCCACAUUCCAUCAGCAUUUGCUCACUUUACCAAUUUGACACAUCUCAACCUAUCUGCUUCCCAUUUUUCAGGCUCAAUCCCAUCAGAAAUUCACCACCUGUCCAAACUAGUUUCACUCGAUCUCUCCUAUAUAGGUAUUAGACUUGAACCGCACAAUUUCAGAAUGAUGCUCAAAAACCUAACCCAAUUGCAAGAACUUGUCCUUUUUGAUGUAAACAUAUCUUCAGUUGUAUCGAUGUCUUUGACGAAUAUGUCUUCUUUGACAUAUCUCGAUCUUAGUUACACCGGGUUGCAUGGGAAAUUACCGGAUAGCAUUUUUCACCUUCCAAACUUGCAAAUUCUCUAUUUAGGAGGCAACUUUGAUCUCACUGGUAAUUUACCCAAAGUAAACUGGAGUAGUAGUAGUUUCCUCCAGCGGUUGGAUCUCUGGUUUACGAGUUUUUCUGGAGAAUUACCUGAUUCAAUUGGCUAUCUCAGGUCUUUGACGUCCUUGGAUCUCGGUGGUUGCAAAUUCUCCGGGUCCAUUCCUGAAUCACUCGGGAACCUUACACAGAUCACUUAUAUAUACUUGGGGGGAAAUAGUUUGACCGGUCAGAUCCCAUUUACUCUCUCAAAUCUUAAUCAGCUCAUUUCCUUGUAUCUUUUUGGAAAUAAUCUCCGUGGAAAAAUUCCUAAUUUUAUCGGUAAGCUGAUAAAGCUAGAGUAUUUAGCACUUGGAGAUAACAAUUUCAAUGGUCCAUUUCCAUGUGGGGUAGCCAACCUGACGAAACUUGCUAUUUUAGAUAUAUCAAGUAAUGAACUGAUGGGUCCCAUUCCCUCCUGCAUUAGUGGGCUAAACAACCUACAAGCACUUUACUUGCACAAUAACUCACUGAAUGGGACACUACCAUAUUGGUUGUUGAAUCUUCCGUCAUUGACGGAAUUACGCCUGGGUAGUAAUCGACUAACUGGCCAAAUUCCUGAGUUCCAGCAUAAAUCAAAAUUGAUGCUCAUUGACUUGAGUCAUAAUGAACUACGUGGCCCCAUUCCACAAUCAAUUUCAAAUCUUGUGAAUUUGACCCAACUUGAUCUUUCGUCAAAUAAUUUGAGUGGUGUUCUAGAGCUACAAACAUUCUCAAAUCUAAAAAAUCUUGAUAGUCUUGAUCUUUCAUACAAUAGUCUGUCAGUGAGCACCAUCAACAAUAUCAACAAUACCUUGCCUACGCUUAGGUCCUUCUAUAUGACUUCUUGCAAGAUAAAGGAAUUUUGUGAUUUCUUUAAAGCCUUAGAGAAUGUUGAACAACUAGACAUUUCCAACAAUGAAAUUCAUGGAAAGAUUCCAAAAUGGGCUGGCGUCAUCGGGAAGGCUUCAUUGCAGUACUUAAAUCUUUCCCACAACUUUCUAACAGGUAUAAACCAAUUUCCUUGGAAGAAUCUUGACACUCUUGAUCUUCGUUCCAACUUGAUUCAAGGACAACUCCCAAUUCCACCACUCUUUGUAUCUUACUUCUUCUUUUCACAAAAUAAACUCACUGGAGAAAUUCCUUCUUCAAUUUGCAAUGUGAGAUCCCUUUCCAUCCUUGAUUUGUCUCACAACCACUUGAGUGGUGCAAUUCCACAAUGUUUGGGAAACUUCAGCAACAUUCUAUCUGUAUUAGAUCUGCGGUUCAAUGCCUUUCAAGGGAACAUCCCAAUGAUAUUUGGAAAGGGUAAUCAGUUGGAAAUUCUUAAUUUGAAUGGAAAUCAAUUCGAAGGACCAGUUCCACGAUCCUUAACCAAUUGUAGACAGUUACAAGUUCUAGACCUUGGAAACAACAAGGUAAAUGACACUUUUCCAUAUUGGUUGGGGAUACUUCCAGAGUUACGGGUUCUUGUCUUGCGAUCCAACAAAUUUCACGGUCCAAUAGACACUUCCAAGCCAAAACUCUAUUUCCCUAAACUCCGAAUUGUUGACCUCUCCCACAAUAAGUUCACUGGUCAUUUGCCAGAGAGAUAUUUCAAAAUUUUCAAAGCUAUGAGGAAUAAAACUAUGCCAAAUGAAAAAUAUUUGAGUGUUCGAUCGUAUUAUCAAGAUUCUGUUACGGUGACGAUGAAGGGGUUUGAUAUUUAUUUAACGAGAAUCUUGACUGUCUUCACAGCAAUUGAUUUAUCAUCUAACAAAUUUAGUGGAGAUAUUCCAAAUGUCAUCGGAAGGCUUAAUUCUCUCAUAGUGCUUAAUUUAUCUCGUAAUAGCCUUACAGGUCUUAUUCCAUCAUCUUUAGGAGACUUGACAGAGCUUGAAUCACUAGACCUCUCUUCAAACCAGCUUAUUGGGAAAAUUCCUAACCAUUUAUUGAGUUUGACAUUUCUUGAGGUCUUUAACCUUUCAUGUAACCAUCUCGACGGACGCAUACCUCGAGGCAAACAAUUUGAUACAUUUGGAAAUGAUUCAUAUGUUGGGAACUUGGGAUUAUGCGGGUUUCCAUUGUCAAAGGAAUGUGAAGAUAAUCAAUCACAAGUUCAGCCGGGGGUGCUAUUACAACAGGAAGAUGACUCAAAUUUUGUAAGUGGAUUUACUUGGGAAGCCGUGGUGAUGGGGUAUGCGUAUGGAAUGGCAUUGGGAUUGGUUCUUGGUUUUCUCAUGUUCUUAACUGGACAACCAAAGUUGUUUGUAAGAAUUGUCGAAGGAAAAAAGCAUAAAAAGGUGAAAAUGUUGAGACAAGGUGGCAGAAGAAAUUAGCAAACAUGGAUUAUGUUUUCAGGUUAAGACAGAAAACUAUUAUUGCUAUUGUAACAUAUGAUAAUGUUGGAAUAAUGGAGUUGGUGGUUGAGGUAGACAUGGACAAAGUUUGGGCUAAUAUUUGAUAAUAUUGUUGUAAAAGUAGAUUGAGUGAUUGUCAUAUGGUACUAUUUGUGAUGUUGGCUUGAUUGUGUAUUCUGUUCUACUAUGUUCUAUGUUUGUGAUUGCUUCUUUUUUUCUUUUUCUUUUUUUCAUUUUCUCAAUGAGUGUAUAUUUUAUUCAAUUUUUUUUAUUAUUAGACAUAGAGAUAGUGGAUUCAUUCAUAUGUUUGACUUGGUACAAA